UCGCUCAUUGCACAUGUUGAAUUUGUUUUGAUUAUUUGUUUUAAGCAUUUGAUUUAUUAAAUUUGUAUUAAAAUGGCCUAUGUUGCGUUGAGUGAGGCUGAAAAAACCUACAUACUGCACGGCGUAGAGGAUGACUUUCGGUGCGAUGGACGUUCUCGCCGGGAUUACCGGCCCAUGGAGCUGGAAACCGGACUGGUCAGCAAUGCCAGCGGCUCUGCCCGCCUGCGCCUGGCCAACACAGACAUCCUGGUGGGCGUGAAAACGGAGAUCGAUGUGCCCAAUCCCCUCACGCCGGAUUUCGGCAAACUGGAGUUCUUUGUGGAUUGCUCUGCUAAUGCCACGCCAGAGUUUGAGGGACGUGGCGGCUCGGAUUUGGCCCAGGAACUGGUCCUGUCCCUUCAGAACGCCUACGAAUCGCCACUGGCCUUCGACUACCGCACCUUGUGCCUAAUUCCGGGUCAGCAGUGCUGGAAGCUCUACAUAGACAUCUUGAUCCUAGAGUGCGGCGGCAAUCUGCAUGACGCCGUGUCCUUGGCUGCCAAAGCAGCUCUCUUCAACACCAAGUUGCCCCGCGUGACGGCCACUUUGUUAGAUGCCGGCAUCACCGAUCUCAUUAUAUCCGACAACCCUUACGACUGCACCCGCAUUGGCAUCGAUACCGUACCUCUUUUGGUCACCGUUUGCAAGAUCGGCGACUACUGUUUAGUGGAUCCCUCGGCGGAGGAGGAAGUUUGCAGCACAGUCAGCGUGGUAGUCUCCGUUUCCAUGCGAAAUGGUGAGGCCUUUCUUUCGGGCACCCACUUAACGGGCGGCGGCGCCAUGCACCGGGACACCAUGCGCAACUGCCUGCAGCUGGGCCUGUCCAUUGGCGAGCAUCUGGACCAGUUGCUCAUCAAAAUGCUUAAGCAGGAGCAGGAACGCGUCGGUGGCAAGCGACCAAAGACAGUUGGGUUUCUCAAAUAAAGCGGCUUGGGCUUAUAAUGAAAAUUUACUAUUUACUCGAAA